AUGGGCAAGAUCGAGAACAACGAGAGGGUAAUCCUCAAUGUCGGCGGUACCCGGCACGAAACCUAUCGCAGCACCCUCAAGACCCUUCCUGGAACUCGCCUGGCCCUCCUCGCUUCCUCCGAACCUCAGGGCGACUGCCUGACCGCCGCGGGUGACAAGCUGCAGCCGCUGCCCCCUCCGCUCUCUCCGCCGCCGCGACCGCCUCCCUUGUCCCCUGUCCCCAGCAGCUGCUUCGAGGGCGGCGCGGGCAACUGCAGUUCCCACGGUGGCAAUGGCAGCGACCACCCUGGGGGAGGUCGCGAAUUCUUCUUCGAUCGCCACCCAGGCGUCUUUGCCUAUGUGCUCAACUACUACCGCACGGGCAAGCUGCACUGCCCCGCCGACGUGUGCGGGCCGCUCUUCGAGGAAGAGCUGGCCUUCUGGGGCAUCGACGAGACCGACGUGGAGCCCUGUUGCUGGAUGACCUACAGGCAGCACCGUGACGCGGAGGAGGCACUGGACAUCUUCGAGACGCCUGACCUCAUCGGGGGCGACCCUGGUGACGAUGAGGACCUAGCGGCCAAGAGGCUGGGCAUCGAGGAUGCUGCCGGGCUGGGAGGACCCGAUGGCAAGUCUGGCCGCUGGAGGAGGCUGCAGCCCCGCAUGUGGGCCCUCUUUGAAGACCCCUACUCAUCCAGAGCCGCCAGGUUUAUUGCUUUUGCUUCUUUAUUCUUCAUCUUGGUUUCCAUCACAACCUUUUGCCUGGAGACACAUGAAGCUUUCAAUAUUGUUAAAAACAAGACAGAGCCAGUCAUCAAUGGCACAAGUGCUGUUCUCCAGUAUGAAAUCGAAACGGAUCCUGCCUUGACGUAUGUAGAAGGAGUGUGUGUGGUGUGGUUUACUUUUGAAUUUUUAGUCCGUAUCAUUUUUUCACCCAAUAAACUUGAGUUCGUCAAAAAUCUCUUGAACAUCAUUGACUUUGUGGCCAUCCUCCCCUUCUACUUGGAGGUAGGACUCAGCGGUCUCUCCUCCAAAGCUGCUAAGGACGUGCUUGGCUUCCUCAGGGUGGUUAGGUUUGUGAGGAUCCUGAGAAUCUUCAAGCUCACUCGCCAUUUUGUAGGUCUGAGGGUGCUUGGACAUACUCUUCGUGCAAGUACCAAUGAAUUUUUGCUUCUGAUCAUCUUCCUGGCUCUAGGAGUUUUGAUAUUUGCUACAAUGAUCUACUAUGCUGAAAGAGUGGGAGCUCAGCCUAAUGACCCUUCAGCUAGUGAGCACACACAGUUCAUAAACAUCCCCAUUGGUUUUUGGUGGGCUGUGGUGACCAUGACUACCUUAGGCUACGGGGACAUGUACCCGCAAACAUGGUCAGGGAUGUUGGUGGGGGCCUUGUGUGCUCUUGCUGGAGUGCUGACAAUAGCCAUGCCCGUGCCUGUCAUUGUCAACAAUUUUGGAAUGUACUACUCCUUGGCAAUGGCGAAGCAGAAACUUCCAAGAAAAAGAAAGAAACACAUCCCUCCUGCCCCUUUGGCAAGCUCACCUACGUUUUGCAAGACAGAGUUAAAUAUGGCUUGCAACAGUACCCAGAGUGACACAUGUCUGGGCAAAGAAAACAGGCUUCUGGAACAUAACAGAUCAGUGUUAUCAGGUGACGACAGUACAGGAAGUGAGCCGCCAUUAUCACCUCCAGAAAGACUCCCCAUCAGACGCUCUAGUACCAGAGACAAAAACAGAAGAGGGGAAACGUGUUUCCUAUUGACGACAGGUGAUUACACGUGCACUUCUGAUGGAGGGAUCAGGAAAGGAUAUGAAAAAUCCCGAAGCUUAAACAACAUAGCGGGCUUGGCAGGCAAUGCUCUGAGGCUCUCUCCAGUAACAUCACCCUACAACUCUCCUUGUCCUCUGAGGCGCUCUCGGUCUCCCAUUCCAUCUAUCUUGUAA